AACUUGCAAUUCGGGGGCCCACUGCCUCUUUAUACGAGGCCGUAUUCAGGAAAGGAGGUGGCUUCGCUGCCUGCUGUACCGCUUCGUAGCGAACGAGCUUCAGUGACAUAAAUUGCUUUUUCGGUGGGUACCUGAGCUAUUUAAAGAACCACCUGCAUUUCCAAGGUACAAAAGCAAUCGAAGCUCCUCAAAGGCUGUCCGGAUUGCACCAUACCAUAUCGGAGAUUGACUGCCCAGCAUGGAAACUGUCAAGAAUGUCCUCCAGAAGGUGCACAUUGGCGGGGAGAAAGAAGAGAGUGCCCCGCCAAAGGAGCCCACAGCAGCAGAGCUCGAGGAGCUCAAGGAGAAAUACGCAAGGGCAAAGCAAGAGCAAGUCUUCGCGUUCUACGAUUCCCUCAGCGUAGCAGAGAAAGCUGCCCUCUACGAACAACUAUCAUCCUUCGACCCAGACCACAUCAACACCAUCACCGACCGAGCUCUCAACCCGCCGAAACCCAAAGAUGCUGACAAAGAAUCGGGCCUCGAGCCGCUCCCAGACUCUGCCACAGCCAGCAUUCUCGACUCGAAGCCUGAAGAUAUUGAGAAGUGGUAUCAGUCGGGUCUGGAUCUGAUUGCGGAGAAUAAGGUGGGCGUGGUGCUCAUGGCAGGGGGCCAGGGAACGAGGCUGGGAAGCUCCGCUCCGAAAGGCUGCUUCGACAUCGGUCUGCCGUCGUCGAAAUCCCUGUUCCAGAUCCAGGCAGAGCGGAUACGCAAGAUCGAGCAACUGGCGCGCAAGAAGGCGGGACAUGGAGCAGAUAAGAAGGUCGUGGUUCCCUGGUAUGUAAUGACCAGUGGCCCGACGAGAGGUCCGACGGAGAAGUACUUUCAGGAGCACGAUUACUUUGGGUUGGAGAAAGAGAAUGUGGUUAUUUUUGAACAGGGUGUUUUACCUUGUAUCUCGAAUGAUGGCAAGAUUCUGUUGGAGAGCAAGGGCAGGGUGGCGGUGGCUCCGGAUGGAAAUGGAGGUAUCUACCAGGCUUUGGUCACAUCCAAUGUUAUGGGUGAUAUGCGGAACCGGGGUAUCGAGCACGUUCAUGCCUACUGUGUGGAUAACUGCUUGGUCAAGGUUGCAGAUCCAGUCUUCAUUGGCUUUUCCGCCUCCAAGGAUGUCGAUAUUGCAACCAAGGUCGUUCGAAAGCGUAAUGCUACCGAAUCAGUUGGUCUCAUUCUGCUGAAGAAUCAUAGACCAGAUGUUGUGGAGUACUCUGAGAUCGACAAGGAGACUGCGGAGGCAAAAGAUGCUAAGCAACCUGAUGUUCUGAAGUUCAGAGCUGGAAACAUCGUCAAUCACUACUACUCCUUCCGUUUCCUGGAGUCGAUCCCAGAAUGGGCUCACAAACUUCCACACCACGUUGCUCGCAAGAAGAUACCCUAUGUCGAUACGGAGAAGGGGACUACGGUCAAGCCAGAGAAGCCAAAUGGGAUCAAGCUUGAGCAAUUCGUGUUCGAUGUCUUCCCCAUGUUGGAGUUGAAGAAGUUUGCUUGUAUGGAGGUCAAGCGUGAGGACGAGUUCUCGCCUUUGAAGAAUGCGAAGGGUACUGGUGAGGAUGAUCCGGAUACUAGUAAGAGAGAUAUCAUGCAGCAGGGCACGAGAUGGUUGCAGGCUGCUGGUGCAACUGUUGUCAGCGAGGGUGAUGAAACUGGUAUCGAGGUCUCGCCCUUGAUCAGCUACGGUGGAGAAGGACUGGAGAAGCUGAAGGGCAAGACUAUCACAGCUCCUGCAGUGCUCGAGAAGGAGCCUGCCUAGGGGGUAUAUGACGAUGAUUAAAGUUUCACGGUUACGAAUAGACGACACAAAAUGAUACUAUACCAUUUCUUGAGAUCAAUUGAAGUCUUGGUGGGGUUGAAGACCCCCCCUUCUCUAUCGUCUUGAUGAAUUGGGCACUCCUACGAGCCUAUGAUUGGUGAAAUAUGGUUGACAGAAUCCUGGCUGAUUCUACGCAACUUUAGAAAGGUUCUCAAUGGCCACAGAAGUGCUCUAGAAAGCUUACUAUAGCUUUUCUUGAUAAUCAUUGAGGUCGUCAUGGGGUUGACAGCACCCCCCACGUGCCAAAUGAAUAAAUAUACCGAUAUGACCUUCC